AUGCAAAGUAUUAGGGUGCUUUUGAAGUACUAUGAGCGUGACAUCCAUACCUGGGACAAAGAUGGUUCUUGUAACUUUCAUCCAGUGAGAACUUGCAGUUGCAAGAAAUGUGAAAGAAGAUGAAAUUAAAUGCACUGGGGAACCAUACAAGACAAAAAUACCACUCAAGAGUACUUUCCAUUGGCUUGCGUACAGAAUUGAGUGCAAAAGAAGAGCACAAGAGGCUGACAGUGUCAUACAGCCCCAAAUGGGUCGAGGCCAUUCAAACCUCUGCGAGGCAAAUAUCAAAGUUCUUCUUAAAACAUAUAAGGACAAAUUAAAUCACUCCUUACGAAUUGCGAAACGCUUAUAUUAGGACAAGGUUUUUCAUGUUUUCACUCAAGAACUCUACACUCCCUUCCAAAUUCAAUAACCUCUUUCCAAUAAACAGUCAAAUCUAUAAUUAUAAUACUAGGAAUGUCCACUCAUUUCGCUUGCCACCAUGCAGAACGAACUACAGGCACUUCUCAAUUUAUUUCCAAGGUCCAAAGUUUUAUAAUUCGCUGAAUUCUACUAUAACUGGUCCAUCCUCCUCCACUUCUUUUAAAAGAAAGCUUAAAGAAUUCUUUCUUAGUACAUAUUAGUUUCGGUAUGGCUCUAAUUAGAUUAGAUUAAUUAAAUCACACGUGUGGGUGGGUGGGUGGGUGGGUGGCUGUGUGUGUGUAAGUCCACGGUCAAAAUUAGCCAUCAUAAGCCCAUAUUGUAAUUAUUAUUUUAAGACUAGUUUAUGCUAAUUUGAGAAGAACUGACCCAGUAUACGCCUGGUGGUCUCUUUCAGGUCUCCUCGUCAUUUACUAUUCUUUAAUACCAUAUUAUUACAUCUUGCGUUGAAAAAUGUUGUAUAUAUGGCAAAUAAAGAACGAAUGAUUGAAUGAAUGAAUGAAUGAAUACAAAACAUUGAGGACCCUAGGCUUGUUGGUACUCUAGCAAUCCACCCUGAGAUAGAAAAUUGGAAACGGGAGGGAUUGUCAGGUCUCAAUACACAACCACUGGCUGUAAACGUCAGGAAACAGUUUGAUUUUGAUAAAGCUGAAUGAGGCACUUUUGAAUGAACAAAUGAUCACCAUUGUUGGCACACUCUUAAGUCCUCAUGGUCCCUGCCACAAUCCAGUAAACACAGAUGCACUGUUAGUUGCUUACAGAAAUACUGUAAAAGAGAUUAAUAUCACAUCAAAAGAAACUACCAUUAUUGCUCAAGGUUUCCAGACAGCGUUUGAUAUCUCUUCAGCAGCCAAUAAGAUGUUGGAAGUGGGACAGAUGGACCAAGAGAUGGAAAGGCCCAUACUGCUGACCUCCACGAGCCCAAGGACGUAACAUUUGACUACAACUCUAAACACUCCUAACUUGAAGACCUUCCUUUUUAAGCGAGUUUACAAACUAUCUUAAGUUUUUUUAUUUUGUAUUUUUGUGUGUAUAUUUACAUUUUUGUACGGCCAAAAUAUCGGCUUAUACCGGGAUGACGGUUUAGCUGAAUUCAAUGGAACACCACAGGAAAUAGAGAAGAUUAAAAAGGGCAUUUGCAACGUCUUUUGUGACAACGACUUGAAGAUCACAGUCGAGGCUAACACCACCAAGGUCAAUUCCUUAGAUGUCACGCUUGACCUCACAAGUGGGAAGUACUACCCUUACACAAAGGAAGGCAAUAUCCCACUGUAUGUGCACACAAAAUCCAACCACCCACCAACCAUCCUGAAAAACAUCCCGAGUCAAUCAAUAAGAGGCUCUCCGAGAUAUCUUCUGACAAAGAAUGCGUUGAUUACGCUAAAAUCAUCUAUCAGGAAGCUCUCAACAAAAAGCGGAUAUCGCUAUAACCUGUCAUUCAAUGCCACAUUAAACCAGUCGCCACGUCCACUGAGAAACACAAAACAGAACAUUACGUGGUUUAACCCGCCCUAUAGCAAGAACAUGGAAACAAACGUCGGAAAAUGCUUCCCUUCACUAAUUGACAUGCACUUCCCUAAAUCUAACCCACUUCACAAAAUUUUUAACCGUAACACCCUCAAAUUAAGCUACAGCUGCAUGGGCAACAUUAAAACAAUCAUAUCCAACCAUAACAAAGCCGUAAUUAGCAAAUCCACACGCACUUAUAAUCAAACUAAGAAAAGCUACAAUAGUAGGAAACCUAACAAGUGUCCCAUGAAUGGAAACUGUAAUGUGGAAAGCAUCAUCUAUCAGGCCGAGGUCACCAAAGAAACCGCAAAGGAAAAAUACAUUGGACUCUUUGACACUGCGUUCAAAUUGCGUUAGAAACCAUGUAAGCUAAUUCCGAAACAAGCGUUACAAACAUGCUACCGAACUUAGUAAAUACAUAUGGAGUCUCAAAGAUAAGAACGCUAAGUAUAACAUCAAAUGGCGCAAGAUAAAACUAGCUAGUUCUUACUCCAAUGUAACUAAGAGAUGCAAUUUGUGUUUGUGGGAAAAGUAUUUUAUCAUUUGUAAACCGGAAAUGGCAAGUCUAAACAAAAGAAAUGAGCUGUCAUCGUGUUGUAGACAUGUUAGGAAAUUCCUGUUAAAAAAUGUAACGAUGUAAUGACAUGCCUAGACGUCACGUACUUAUCCAUUGUUCUGUAUUUCAAAUUUCUGUGAUUGUAACCAUUAUUUCUGGCAGUUGCCUGAUGAUUGCUUUGCAAGAAGCAUGAAACUCAGAGUUGCAGUAAAUGUUCAAAUAACGUAGCUCUUGGAGUAUAAUUAUUUUUGUAUGUAUAUAUGUUGCAGUUAAUUUUUAAUUUCAGUUAAUUUUUGUUUUUCCUUUGUUUUAAAUUCAUUAGCAUACAUUACCAUACCCCAAAACAAUGGAAAAACAAAAAUAAACUGAAAUAAAAAAUUAACUACAACAUAUAUAUAUGUAAUGAUUUUAGGAUUUUUAUUUUUUAUCCAGACCUUUUGAAGCAUUGUAAAGCGCUUAG